CUCCCAGCAGCAGCCCGUCCUCUCACACACACAGCCAAUCAGAGAUCACCGCAGGGAGAGAGGUGCUCCCAUUGGCUGAGGGUGUUAGUGGGCGGGACGCUAAGCGCCCGGCCGGUCCUGAGUUUGGAACCGGGACCGAGUGGGCCGGAGACCGGGAGCUGCGCCUCGGAUUUCGGCUGCACCACCGGCGGGUCGUGAAUCCUUUCGAAGGCAGAGCUGAAGCGACCGGCGGAGAUUCCGUGAGAUGUUUCAGCUACACGGAGGGCGCCCGGCCUUUCCCCGCCGAGGAUCGGGGCCUGUUGUCUGGAGUUGUCUCCCAGACCCGUCCCUUCCUGCUGGGAGACGGGAGCUGCCCCGCAGCGGCUGCCGAUGGAUCUCCGGAGCUCUCACCGCUCCCCUGUGCAAUCCGAACGGCUGAAAACCAAGGGAGAACAAGGCACAAAGCAAGAAGAGCAAUCUUGCUUAAAUGGAACGAGUCUACCCCUCCUACACAUCUUCAAUGGCUACGUAAUAUUAUGUCGUAUUUAAAUUUAAAAAAGAUCAGCUGCUCAGUCUUAAAUUUGAAACAAUCUUUUUUACGAUAUUUGGGGAUCAUUCCUAAAUUACUUUUCCAAUUUAUAAAGUUUAACAGUGCACAGACAUUUAUGUAUAUUUUUAUCUUCUCUUCUGAAGUGAAUAUGUUUUUUUUCUAAUCCAUUGUCAUCCAUCAGCUUUUUUGUUUGGUAGUUGGUCGGGGAUUGACUUUUUAUAUAUAUAAAAAU